CGUUCGGCGCUGCUGACUCCAAGUCGAGACGACGACUCCAUCUCCGCCAUCGGGGGAGAAAUUAGGCUUUUUAGAUGGCCGCUCGCCGCUUGCCGCUCUAUUGACUCUUCCAGUGCCUUUUUCUUCACCCUCACCUCCCACUCCACGCUCCACCAUGUCCGGUGCCAGGAAUAUUUCAGCCGCUCUGCGAAGGGCUCGUGUGCUCAAGCCUCGCUGCUUAUUCCGCCCUGUCGCUGCGGUCCAGACUCCCUCCUUCGCCGCCACACGCACCUUCACUGUUACCGCCCGCGCCAAUGCGACCAAGGAGAUUCAGUACACCACCAAUGCUUAUCCCAACCUCAAGCGUGACCCGAAGUUCGCCGAAAUCUCUGCCGAUGAUGUCAAGUUCUUCAAGGACUUGCUGGGCGCACAGUCCGCCGUGAUCGAUGGAGUGACCGCCGACAACGCUGAUGAUAUCGAACCCUUCAACAGCGACUGGAUGCGCAAGUACCGUGGCCAGACCAAGUUGGUUUUGAAGCCCCAAACCACCGAGGAGGUUAGCAAGGUACUACAAUACUGUAAUGAGAAGAAGUUGGCUGUCGUGCCCCAGGGAGGCAACACGGGAUUGGUCGGAGGCUCCGUGCCCGUCUUUGACGAGAUCGUCAUCAACCUUUCCCGCAUGAACCAGAUCCACUCCUUCGAUGAAGCGUCCGGAGUCUUGGUGGUUGAUUCUGGUGUCAUUCUGGAGGUAGCUGACCAGUACUUGGCCGAGCGGAACCACCUUUUCCCGCUGGACCUGGGUGCUAAGGGCUCAUGCCAUGUCGGCGGUAACGUUGCCACCAACGCCGGUGGUCUGCGUCUGCUCCGCUAUGGCAGUCUUCACGGUACUGUGCUUGGUAUUGAAGCGGUGCUGGCAGAUGGAACCGUCGUGGAUGCUAUGUCGACCCUGCGCAAGAACAACACUGGCUAUGACUUGAAGCAACUGUUUAUUGGCGCCGAAGGUACCAUUGGCAUUAUUACGAAGGUCUCUAUUCAAUGUCCUUCUCGCCCCAAGGCCGUUAACGUCGCGUAUUUCGGACUGGAGAGCUAUGACCAGGUCCGCAAGGCUUACCAGGAGGCCAAGGGACACCUGUCCGAAAUCCUUUCCGCUUUCGAGUUGAUGGAUGGGCGCACUCAGAAGCUGGUUCACGAGUCGACUGGCAACAACUAUCCCCUCGAAACUGAGUAUCCUUUCUACUGUCUGGUGGAGACCAGUGGUUCUAACGCUGAGCAUGACAUGGCUAAGCUGGAGACCUUCUUGGAACACGUCAUGGGUGAGGGUAUUGUCGCAGAUGGUGUUUUGGCUCAGGAUGAGACUCAAUUCCACUCAAUCUGGCGGUGGAGAGAGGGUAUUACGGAGGCCUUGAGCCACUUGGGCGGAACCUACAAGUAUGACGUCUCCAUUCCUCUGCCCGAGCUGUACCAGCUGGUUGAGGACUGCAAGGAGCGUUUGACGAAGCUUGGCUUCGUGGGUGAUGACGAUUCCUUCCCUGUUCGGGCCGUUGUCGGCUAUGGUCACAUGGGUGAUUCCAACCUGCAUUUGAACAUUUCUGUGCGGCAGUACAACAAGGAAGUCGAGAAGGCCAUCGAGCCUUGGGUGUAUGAGUGGAUCCAGCAGCGGAAAGGUAGCAUCAGUGCAGAACACGGCCUCGGUCUGGCCAAGAAGGAGUUCAUCGGAUACAGCCAGAACGAGACGAUGGUGAAGUUGAUGAAGCAGCUGAAGAACGUGUAUGACCCGAAUGGAAUCAUGAACCCGUAUAAGUAUAUCUAGAACUGGACACGCUACCCUGGCACCACGCGAUGAAUUGUAAAUGUGUUGCAGAGGGGUAGUUGAGGGUGGGAAAAGCUGGACCAAGUUUAUAGUCUGAGGAAUCCGUAAAAUAUAUCAAUGCGGAUAUUUAAUUUGCUGGA